AUGGUUUUUAAACAUUUUGGAACAGAGAAUCAACUAAAGUAUGCAAAUAUUAAACUGAAAACACUUCAAUGUAAUUUGAAAGUUAUGGUUGAUAACCGCGUUAUGAUGGUUAACGAUUUGGAAAAACAAAAAAAGAAAUUAAAGGAAUUAGAUGUUGAAAAUUAUAAGUUGAAAAAGUUAAAUUCCGGUUUAGAAAUGCAACUGGAAAGAAAUAAAAGACAAAUUGAAGAUUUGAAAGAAGAAAAUAGUACUUUGUUGAUGGAGCUGAAAGCAUGUAAAAAGGACUUGGAAACUGUGUUAAAAAAUGAAAAACAACAUGAUUCAGUCUUAGUGAAAAAUCAAGUGGAUAAAUUGAUGAAUGAAAAUUUAAAAUAUAAAUCUCAACUUGGAACUUCGGACUAUCAAAUGAAAAUUUUGUACCAAAGCCCCAGAUAA